GUCCCGGCGAGCCACCGGCGGCCGGAGGAAGCGGGGGCGGCGGGGCCGGGGCCGGGAGCGGGGCAGAAUCCCGGGAUCGGGAUGCGGGGGCGGCCCGGGACGCCGCCUCGUUGCCCGGAGCGACACCAUGCACCCGGCCGUGGCGGUGGGGCUGGUGUUCGGCGGCUGCUGCAGCAACGUGGUGUUCCUGGAGCUGCUGGUCAGGCAGUUCCCGGGAUGUGGGAACAUCGUGACCUUCUCCCAGUUCCUCUUCAUCGCCGUGGAAGGUUUCAUCUUCGAGGCCGACUUUGGGAGGAAGCGCCCGGCCAUCCCCAUCAGGAACUAUUUCAUCAUGGUGGCCAUGUUCUUCACCGUCAGCGUGGUCAAUAACUACGCCCUGAACCUGAACAUCGCGAUGCCGCUGCACAUGAUCUUCCGCUCGGGUUCUCUCAUAGCAAGCAUGGCUCUAGGAGUCAUCAUCCUGAAGAAAAGGUACAGCGUGUCCAAGUACACCUCCAUAGCCCUGGUGUCCCUGGGCAUCUUCACCUGCACCUUCAUGUCUGCAAAGCAAGUGGCUUCUGACUCCAGCUUAAAUGAAGAGGACGGACCCCAGGCUUUCCUCUGGUGGCUGCUGGGUAUUGCUGCCCUCACCUUUGCCCUGCUGAUGUCUGCCAGGAUGGGGAUUUUCCAGGAGACUCUGUACCAGAAAUUUGGGAAGCACUCCAAGGAGGCUCUGUUCUACAACCACGCCCUGCCUCUCCCUGGAUUCCUGCUCCUGGCUCCCAACAUUUACCAGCACGCCGUGCUCUUCAACCAGUCUGAGCCGUUCCAGGUGCCGGUGAUCGGCCUCACCCUGCCAAUCAUGUGGUUCUACCUCCUCAUGAACGUCAUCACCCACUCCCAGGUACGUCUGCAUCCGCGGCGUCUUCAUCCUGACCACGGAGUGCCCGUCGCUGACGGUGACGCUGGUGGUGACGCUGCGCAAGUUCGUCAGCCUCAUCUUCUCCAUCCUCUACUUCCGCAACCCCUUCACGGGCUGGCACUGGCUGGGCACCGCCUUCGUCUUCGUGGGCACCCUGAUGUACACCGAGGUGUGGAACAGCCUCCGGAGCCGCUGCCGCAGCACCGGGGGACCCAAGCGGGAGUGAAUCCCGGGCUGUUCCCGCACGGACCUUUCUGUUGUUUUCCAGAGCAGAGCAGGGAGCCCCCAGCCCCUCCGGGGGUGUUUUUAUCACAGGGGAGGUGUUGGCUGUGCCAAGCUCCUGGGAAAACGGGGAACUUUAGGAAUGGAUCAUGGAGAAACAAUCUGGUUGUUUUUUUGCCAGUCAGCAUUUUUUUUGCUUCCGAUUUUUCCUCCUUUUUUGGUUUUUUUUUCCAUUGGAAUAACCCUUUUUAAGGAAAAGCUGACCCAGAGCUUUGCUGAGCCCAACUUUUAUGCUGUUGGCUUGGAUCAGCUGGACCCUGAGCCAGGCUGGUGCUGUCCUUUAAUUGUCCCAGUGUGUGGAGCUGGUGGUGGCUGAGCCCCAUUCCAGUGGGAUCCCUGGAAUCCCUGGGAGGAUGUGGGAUACAGCCCCAGCUGGAGCUCCCAGUGGAUCCUCAGAGGGCUGGGUUUGCUCUCCCUUUCCCGCUUCUCCUCCCAUCCCUUGGGAUCAGCUUCCUCAUGGCUUUGGUGUCAGCCUGGCACGGGCUGCCUGUCCCUCAGUGUCACCCCUGGGUGGCUUUCCUGGAAUUUCCCUGCGGUUUUCCUGGAGCAGCCCCUUGUUCCUGCCUGGUUCAUUGGAUCCCUGGAUCCAGGGAUUGGUGGUGCUGCUGUCCCUGCUCAGCUGGGCCAGCUGAGGCAUCCAGGAGAGAUAAAAGUGGUUUAAUAACAAAGGAAAAACGAUGGAAAACAAAUCCCAAAGGGAUGGAAAGGCAGCGCCUCCCUCCCAGGCAUUCCCUGAGCCAAGGUCACCUUUCCUAAACUACUUCCUUUUAUUUUUAUCAGAUCUCUGGGAUAAUCCCCAGCUUUCCAUGGCCUCAUCCUUGCUGGGAGGCAGAGUGGGAAAAGGGAAAAGAUCCUUGCUGUGCUGGGAGCUUUAAUCCCAAAUCCCAGUGUGGGAACAGGGAACUCCAUCCCAGGCAGAGCCAGCCUGGUGCUGCCAGGACCUGCAGCUCCACCCUGGGGUCCUGAAGGAUUUUUUUUCCCCCCAGUUUCCAUUUUUCCUGAGCCGGAAAAAGCUGCAUUUCCAGUGCCAUGGGAUUUUUCCAGGGAUUUUGUGGAUGGGGUGACCUGGUGUAGGCCAGGUGUUCCAGCUGCUCGUGGUGGCUCCAGGAGGGACCCAGGGAGAAGCAAAACCUUUUAUCCCUGAUUUUCAUCUCCCAGGAUCUUCACACGGAGCUUCAGCUGGGACUGGGGAGGUGGGGGAGCCAACAGAAAUUUGGGAUGAAGGAUUUUAGGAGCAGGGAGUAACUGGUGAGGUUCUUCAGAGACCAAACACGGCGGGGAAACACCGGAGCCACAAAUCGAGGUCUGCGCGUGUUUUAUCCAGGGAUUGGUUGUUUGAUCCAGGGAUUGUUGGAUCCAGGGAUUGUAGGAUCCAGGGAUUGUUGGAUCCAGGGAUUGUUUGAUCCAGGGAUUGUUUUCUCCAGGGAUUGUUGGAUCCAGGGAUUGUUUUAGCCAGGGAUUGUUUUAGCCAGGGAUUGUUUUAGCCAGGGAUUGUUGGAUCCAGGGAUUGUUUUAGCCAGGGAUUGUUGGAUCCAGGGAUUGUUGGAUCCAGGGAUUGUUGGAUCCAGGGACUGUAGGAUCCAGAGAUUGUAGGAUCCAGGGAUUGUAGGAUCCAGGGACUGUUUUAUCCAGGGAUUGUUUGAUCCAGGGACUGUUGGAUCCAGGGAUUGUAGGAUCCAGGGAUUGUAGGAUCCAGGCAUUGUAGGAUCCAGGGAUUGUUUGAUCCAGGGAUUGUUUGAUCCAGGGACUGUUGGAUCCAGGGAUUGUUGGAUCCAGGGAUUGUAGGAUCCAGGGAUUGAGCAGAGCUGACACGGAGCUGCUCCCAACAUUCUGUGCACACUCCGGGUCCCUACUCCUCUCCAAGCCCUUGCAUGUUGUCCCCAGUUCCCGUGGGACACGGGAAUAUUUUGGGGGAUUUGGGCAUUCCCCUUUUUUUUAACCAUGUGCUUUUCACUCCCAGCACAUCAACCGUGCGUUGUUUGCUGCUGUCAGGGGGAAUUUUUUUAACUUCCCGGCGUGAUCAGUGUGUCUGGAAUAUUUAUGGAGCCGCAGGAGUGGCAGCGAUUCCCUUCCUGCUGGAGGACAGAGGAGGAAAGGUCCAGGCAGAAGGGCCUCGUUAGCCAAAAUUAAUUAAACCCAGGCCUCCCCUCCGCUGAUUAGUUCAGGUUUAAUGUUUGUGUAGAGAUCAGAGCACCUAUUUUUUAGCAGAGGCUGGAAAAGGGAAGGAGCCCGACCGCUCUUGGGGUGGCUGGUUGGGUUCAGGGUGGGGUUUGGGUUGGUUUUUUUAAAGUGAAAUAAAUCUGUAUCCUCUUCAAAGGCUGUUGGGUUUGGUUCU